ACGUGAGUGCUGCUACUUCGAAGAGAAGCCGCAUAAACGAGCUGCAAAACGAGAUAAAGAUGUGAGAAAAGUGAUUCUGUUGAACUACAGAAACUGUUCCUGAAGGAGGAAACUUUCAAGAUGUAUUCGACCUGGUCCAGAUUAAUGUCUUGUUCAGAAUGAACAAGGUAAAUUGAGUCGACUCGUAAGAUGGUGAGGCCUUUUGUCCUUCCCCUUCUCUCUGUGUGAGGAAAUCUGGCCACAAAUCCUGACCGAGUGGCAUACCAUGACUGUGCAGUUUCCAAAAUCAGACAAGGAUCCAUGUGGUUUUGUGACUCAGCCUAUCAAGGUAUGCAUUUAUGUUCCUCCAACCAUUGGAACAUGUUUGUCAUCUAAGUCACUUGUAGACAAAUUGAAGCAUUUGGUCAAAUUGUGUUCAAGCAUUUUCAAGUGUCUGCUUUGUCAAUAGUCUUGUGCAUCAUCUUGCUAAACACAUGAGAAGCUCUGAAUUGUGAAACCCCUGCCUCUUGCAGAUGUUACGACAGCAAUGGUGUUGGAAGGCUGCAGGACCGUCACACUUGAACAGAGCUGAUGAAGGCUGCAUCAGAGGACUCCAUGGUGGACUACACAACCUUUAGAACUCUUGUCCUGGCUGGAUCACUGUGGUGAGGAUCUUGUUCAAGGUGAACCAACCCUUUUUGCCAUGGGAUGUCUUGAGAUGUUGGACCUUAAGCACCAGAGCCUACCAAGCUGUACCAAGCCGUUUUUAAAUGGCUUUAUUUGGGUUUUGAAACUCAUGUACUAAUUUUUUAACUUGGCCUGUUGACAAACUUGAAUCUGAUGAUUCAUGCAGAGUAAAUGCAUCAGAGUUUACUGUAUCUGUUCCAGAGUGCUGUAAAAAGUGUAGUAAUACAUUUGAGUACAAUGAGCUAGAGGAGGUAUCACCAAAUUAACUGGAAUUUGAUGUUAAAGCUGACUUGUCUCGUUCUGCCAAGUUUGGUUCCUGCUAAAGACUCAACUUGAACCUUUGUGUUCAUAAAGCCUUUUUGCGCGUCAUGUUGGGAGGCCUCCCAGCAGGGAAUUUCCAUUAUCCCCUGCAAAACCAUGCGUUACUCGUGUCUUUUAGGGAUAUCUAGUUUCAUACAUGGUAUUGUCCUCAUUGGAUUGGUUGCAGCAUUAGUGCGUUUCGGUUCUUUAAGAGAAAACGAACCUGGCCGAGAGAGGCAACUCGGAUUAUUUUAUCUGAAGGUUACACCAAAUUUGAUGCCCAACAGGACAUGGUCAUAUGUUUGUAUGUUUAUUUUAUUUUUUUUUAAAUAUACUUUGCUACCUAUCCAACCUAGAACUGGAACAUCAGAAAUAUUCAGCUAUUGCAGAUAUGACCGGCUAAACUAUUUCUAAAUCAACCACAAUGCCAAGAUCAUUUCAGUCCCUGGCUUCUCCCGAUUGUUGUAUUUAAUCCCCUGCUGUCACUUGUGUGAACUUGCAGUAACUUCAAAAAAAUAUCUUGGACACGUGUGGGUUGCAACACUACGACUCAAAUUUUGACAGUUACACCUCUGUAUCUGAUAGCAAUUUGAGUGGCAAACAGUUAAAAUAAAUAAAAAUAAAUGGUUAAGUGAAAUAAAUAAUUUUUGCCUCAGAAUGUUAAAUGUCGAUCUGUGUUUCCUAAAAAUUAAAAUGAUCCAUGUCUUUGGUCCACGCACCAAAGUUCAGGUUCAAUAUUUCAUAAAUGUUGCAGCCCUAGUCAGAAUUAACUGGCACAAGUUGGUUAAAACAGAUGUAUAACAAGCAGAUAUUGUGCCUUUUCUGCAUAAGUAUUGUGAUAAACAUUGGAUAAUCAAAGACAGAUUUUGGCUCCCGCUUUAACCUUUUAAAGUUGCUUGUUAAGGUUUUAAACUUGCCAACGGAAAACGGUCACUUGUUUGUGCAAAGCAACACAACUUUGCAACCCAUUUUCAAUGUUUUACUCUUGAGAAAGUGUAGACAAUCCAGUCAAGACGCAGGACCACACACUUGGUGUUUAAUCAGACGAUUUCAGUGUCAUUUCAUUGACUAUGGAAAAACACAUUAUGGCUGGCUUGACUGCAUUUAUAGCUGACCAUUUCAAUUCCGUGCUAUUCAAUAUGAUGGCAACCUUGCACACAAUUCGCAGAAUUAUUUCCAAAUACAUUUUUGUCAUCCGUGGCUUUUAAAAUAUAAAUCAUAGCUACACUAAUGGUUCCAAAGUUAAACAAAAUAAAUGCAUACGGUCUUUAUUCGUUUAUAGUCUAUAUCCGCUUUUAUUUUAAAGAUACCAACUCACCGGAAGUCUCAAGGGAAACUUGAAAGGACGUCUCCAUGGCAACUGGACGCGGGCAGUCAAGCCCUUUGAAGUUGUCACUGUUUUUCUUUGACAUUGUGUUUUCAGUCUAACUUAUGGCGUGGACGUAGUGACGUUUACACAUGUAGUGUCUUACGUUGGCCUAGUGGUAAAAACGUUGUUCAACGAACGUGACUCUUCACGUUACGCGGCCUUAAAAUCCGCCUCCAACAGUAAAGUAGCUUCUGUGUGCCUCACAGGAGAUUCCCUGUGGAAUAAAAUGGCAUCUAAAGGAGCUGCGCCCAGACUGCGGACAGCGAGGGCGCCGAAAAGAGCUGACAAAUCACCCCACAACUUUAUGGAACGACUGCCAUGUGAGAUCCUGAUUAAGAUUCUAUCAUCGCUGGAUGCCUCGGCUCUUUUCAGCAUAAGCCAUGUCAGUAAGCUCUUCUACCAGCUUGCCAAUGAUAAUGCUCUGUGGAACAAGAUAUACACAGCGGAGUUUGGCAAAAAUGGGAAGUGUCGACACAGGUGCAUGGACAAGCUGCUGCUGAAGAUGACCUCGGUGGAGCUGCGGGAUUGUGCCGCAGGCCACUGGAAGUGGCUGUUCUUCACCACUGUAGGAGUGUGUGAACUUAACAAGUGGAAAAGAAACCUUGGACUCAUCAGACAGUACACCGGGCUGCCCAGUCGAACAGAGUGGGCUCUCAGAAACUUGCACGUCACCUGGGAGCUGACGGUGUCAGAUAAGUCGGGGCAGGAGAACACAUUAGAGCUGAGCCGCUCUCAGUUCUGCGAGACGUCGGCGUAUAUGUGCUGGGGCGGAGGAGACUGCUUGCCCAACUACCAGCACAUUUCCACUCUUCAACUUCAUGGUGUCAGGAGGAUCAACCUCAUCUGCCCUGGCCUAAAAAGCCCUGGCUGGAGGUCCCUCAUGGCCAAGUUGGACAUGCAGACUUUAACUGAAAGUGCGGAGGUCAUUGGUCAGGACCAACUAGUUGAACUGAAGCUGUUACAUCCUGGAGUCGUCAUUGGUACCUGGAGGGACCAGAGCUCCAUUGCCUUCAUCAUGUUCACCCUUCACUUCCACAAGCUGUUGGAGAGAAGCAUCCAGGGAUCAUCUGUCUGCCCCUAUUUGGAACUAAUGGCCAAACCCCCUAGUGAUGAUGCAGACCCCGAAUACGGUCUCCAUGGUUACCAACUACACAUUGUUCUCCACAACACUGUAUGCUCGCUCAUGUCUGGAAGCUUUUCCGAGCUCUUCUGUCUCAGAUCUCAGAUCAGUGAUGCACACAUCGAGCUGACCGCCAUCAGCAGGACAAACUUGUCCCAACACACACCUCUGACAGGAAGCAUCACCCUGCCAUGGAGGUGUGAGGUCCUCAAAUCUGCAGUGGAGAAUUGCUGCAUAAUGAGUGUGACUCUGCUGGAUGAAUUCAGGAAGCCCUUCUGGUGUGUCAGCUCUCCGGUUUUCAUGGAGCCGGGAAACGCAGCAGUCUCCUAUGACUACGACGGUGAGCACUUCCUGAUCCACUAUCGAGACUCUGACGGUCGGGUGAAGAUAGAACUCGCGUGGGUGAAGGAACAGGAGCAGUACGUCGUCAUCGGUUUAGUUGUCUACGUGAGUGUUUCUAAAGUCAACGAGCAUUUCGGCAGAGAUUACUGAGUUUUGAGGUUUUUAAUCAUUACUUCAGGAAGAAUUUAAUGCCCUCAUUUCCACAAACAUCCACACAAAGCUUUUCCAUGGCAACUCGGGGAUAAUUAUACUGUUGUCUGGCUAUUAUUAUAUUUAUUUAUCAGAGGGAAGUACCCAGACCAGAGCAUUCACCGAGUGACGUCCAUUUAUGUAAAAUACAACAUGGGACAAAAGUGAUUUGUUGUGAUUUUGGAUCUUUCUUUGUUCUUGGCCUCUGCCUCAGUAUAUUUAUUGAUUUAGAGCAUUUUGUAUUCACACAAAUGUGGCUGUUCAGAAACGUCUUGCAUUUGCCAAGGAUCUUAAUUUGCUGUUAAAUACUCGCGCAAUCAACAUCGUCAAAUAAAUGCUUGGGAAAUGCUCUAAAAUUUGACUUCAAUUCCAAUGUUUUUGCUUUCUUACGCUUUUCAGUUACACCUUUUUUUAGUCCUUAAAAGCUAUUUUGUUGGAAUUCAGGUCACAAGCCUACACAUGCACUUGUGGAUGUUUCUCAUAGUGACCCCCUCUCACCCUCAGUAGAAUGCACAUUAUACUCAUUGCAAUAUGUAGUCAGUUUUCUACUCAAACGUACGCUUCGAGGAGAUUUGGGUCAUUCUCCCAAACUAAUACUGUAUUAUCCAUUUAAUGACUCACAAUGAAUUAUGCUAUUACACACACUGUAAAAAUUGUGCCUACAAAACUGAAAAUGAAGGCAUGCUUUGUGAAUCGAGUUAAAAUGCUGUGUUUUCUAUCGAAUUUUCUUUGCUCCUAUCAGGGAAUAUACCUUAACAGCCACAUCACCGUAACUACAGCGUCACACAUUAUGCAAUCACUUUCAAAUGAAUAUGGAGUUUAAUGUCCACACCCUGGGCAAGUCUGGCUUUAGCGAUAUAGAAUUAGUACUGGAGCAGUCGUCGGAAGACCGUUGCCAGGCUGCUGAUGGGGCCAGCACUGCUGAUGGCAAUAAAAUAAGGCAGUCCUCUAGAUAAUAGGAUUUCAGAGGCUUCCGUCUAUUUUCUCAGUGAGGGUCACCUCACCUUGAAAAUAUGCUUAUUUUUCCAAACACAUCCACAACGUCAUUGGCUCUAGAUCCAAAGAAUUAUUUGAGGAAGAGAGCCAGAGGCGGGGGAAAAAAGAAAAAGAGGGGGCAGCAUUAUGUGUGAUAAAUUGAGUUGAGACAACAACUCUGAUAGAGAGAUGGAGACACUGCCUGAAUCAUAAAGACUCCAUGAGCAGCCAUGUUGUCCACCCUGCACAGGCCUCCUGCUUAACUGUGCUGUGGACAACAGCCGUACAGACCUUUAUUGGAUUGCUGCCUCAAGCAUUUAAUACACUGACAAAUGACAUGAUAUUGACCAUUACUUGGACCGAACAAUGUGUGUCGUGUAUUACUUCCAGGUUACAAGUGUAUAACGGCACAUUUCCAUCACGGUGACCUUCACGCAACUGUUUGCUGUCACAUCAAGUGUCGCAAACUGCCAAUCCCUCAUUCCCUUUUAUAUUAGAAAAACCAGGAGCCAAGGGUAUUGCUGUGUGGUAAUGGACUCUUAGGGACAUAAAGACAGUUAUUCAGCCGUUUAACUCACAGUAAUGACGAAACAAGGGGAUAUGGAUUUUAGGGGCAAGGACCACGGCGCUUUGUCAGAAAACACUAUGUAAUCUAAUUCUGGGGGUACAGCGUGUAUUGAAAGAAAAUCUCUGUGCUGUUUUUUGUUUUUUUUAAAAAACUAAAAUAAUCAUAAUAUAUUCAAAUCAAGCUGUGCAAGCAUGCAAAUUCAAUGAUUAGAAUAUAAUUCAAUGUACAUAGUUCUCCAGUAGAUGGCUCUCUUUGGUUAACAAAGGAAAAAUCAGUGCCAUCAGAGUGUCUGGUUUUUAUCCCUUUCAAUCUGUCCAAAGUCAGAGCAGAGAAACUAUGUCAUCAUGUGUGUCUAUGUUUUACACCGUGUUUUUGUUUUGCUCUCUUCAGUAAACACUCCUUUUCCUCCUCA